CAAUAUGCUAAUAUUUUGAGAAGGACCUGUAAAACUCAACCAGUAAAGUCCAGAUGCCUCAGUUUCCCCAACCUGCAGAAAAUUAUGAUCAAAUGAAUUCAUUCAGUCGUUCAUGACGUCCACAGUAGAGGGCGCUGUUUCCUCCUGGUUUAUGUGUUUUCUUUCUAGUGAAAAUGAAGCACAGCAUCGAUGGUUCAGUAGUGUCUGCUCCACCGCUGCCGCCAUGUUGUGAGUGGCGCUACUGUGGAAACGCACGUAAAAAGCUGUGGAAGACGGUUCUGUUCGUGUGGUUUAAGGUCCAUCUGGGUGGUCUGAUUCAUCACUGUGAGGCAUUAGCAGGUUUUCAGUUUCACAGUAGGAAUAGCUCACCGUCAUUUUAUCUCGUCUCUAUGGAGAUUUGUUUUCGUUUCCAUGGAGAUUUUGCCACUCACAGUAUGGCGGUCGUGUUGACGUUGCGCUCUAUGCUGCGAUGCCAGCAGGGCGUCUACCGUUCUGGGUCUGCGGUUCGGGUGGAACAACACAACCCAGCAGGGAGAAUGUUUUACGGAGGUGGGGAGUGGUUCACCACCAUCGACAAGGUAAUCUUUGGCUUCAUCAUUCUUGCUGCAGUGUUUGGGUUCCUUUUAAUUAUUGGACUAAUAAUUCUUCUGGUGUAUUGCACGUGUAUAGAGAAAAGAGGACCACCGCCCGGUCAGCCUUUGUGUUGCUGCUGGAAAACGGAACGAGAGGCCAUGACUGAGCCUCCAACCACCUACUUUCUGUUCCCACUCAACCCCCCUGGGAACCCGGAGGAAAACCUACCCUGUCCCAGCACUCACUGGGUGAUGUACCCAGGACAGGCCACCAGUGAUGUAGUACAGGUUUCAAAUGCAAACCAAAUCAGCUUGAGGACCUAUUAAAUUGUUAAAGGCUUUAAAUGCUUUCCUGGCAACAUCUAUCUCAGGCUUCCGGUGUCCUCCACAAGCUGCUGCCACAGAGUGAUGUGUUUGUUCCUGAAUGCAUUUCUAAACUGCAAUCUGACUUUUUAUGUUGCUUCUGGAGUCAUGGCUUCUUCCUCGCUGAGUGGCUUUGAAUGAAGGGUCUUAUUGUUCAGAGUAUAGGUCAGUCCAAAUUCUUUAUAUGCUGCCAAAGAGAGACUUCCUGCUGCAGUCAGUCAUAUUGUUUACCUAAACAUGCCUUGCCUAUGUGCCCUUAUGCAAUGCAAUUAACCCUAAGUUGCCUACCUAUCUGCGUAUCUAAUACGGCUGUAGUGUAAAACGCUUUGAGUCUAUCUGUAUGAAAAGCACUAUUUUAUGUUUAGUCCAUUUGCCAUGGAGGGCCUGUCUAUACUUUGACCCCUACAUUAAAGUCACAGUUUAGUCCUUGAGUCUAAAAAACAUUCCAACCUGGAAAACAACUGUCCAAAUAAAUCCAUAAAAGCUCAAAAUAAAAUAGCAUUGAUGUCCAGGAUCACGGGGUGGAAACUUCUCACCACAGCUGGAGUUAAACAGACCUACAAACCACAUUAUUCUCAUUUAAUCCAUGUUUUUGUUUCUACUAAUGACGUAAUAUUUUAUAUUCUCAGAGGACCAUGAAUGUUGUUUACAUGGCUUCAUUAGUGGGUUUUUUUCCACUGCAGUCACUGUAAAGGCACCUGAUUCACUUUACUUUUGCACCGGAUUCACUUUACUUUUGCACCUGAUUCACUUUACUUUUGCACCGGAUUCACUUUACUUUUGCACCUGAUUCACUUUACUUUUGCACCUGAUUCACUUUACUUUUGCACCUGAUUCACUUUACUUUUGCACCUGAUUCACUUUAUUUUUGCACCUGAUUCACUUUACUUUUGCACCUGAUUCACUUUAUUUUUGCACCAGAUUCACUUUACUUUUGCACCAGAUUCACUUUACUUUUGCACCUGAUUCACUUUAUUUUUGCACCAGAUUCACUUUAUUUUUGCACCUGAUUCACUUUAUUUUUGCACCAGAUUCACUUUAUUUUUGCACCAGAUUCACUUUAUUUUUGCACCAGAUUCACUUUACUUUUGCACCAGAUUCACUUCACUUUUGCACCAGAUUCACUUUACUUUUGCACCAGAUUCACUUUGCUUUUGCACCUGAUUCACUUUAUUUUUGCACCAGAUUCACUUUACUUUUGCACCAGAUUCACUUUACCUUUGCACCAGAUUCACUUUACUUUUGCACCUGAUUGACUUUAUUUUUGCACCAGAUUGACUUUUGCACUUUAAGAAAUGUCACUGUGAGUUUUCUUGAUGACUUUAAUACACACAUCUGAAGUAACUGUAAUCAGCUGAUAUUCAGGGAUCUCCUGCUGCCAAGUUGCUGUUUGCUUUUUGUUUUUUAUUGUAGAUGCAGAUUCCUCACAUUCAUAUUAAACGUCUUUAUUGAUCUGAUAGACGUAUGCAGGCUGAUGCUUUUAUUAACUGAGAGGAGUAAAACUUCCACAUUAUCUGUUAAUAAUUAUAUAUUUCUCAUUCCUUUCCAUCUUUAUUUUAUAUUAAAUUAUUUCUCCUUAUGAUUCCUUAUUUAUUUAGCCUUUAUUGUAUUUUCUAUUUUCAUAUUUUACCUUAAGGUUAAUAAACCUUUUUUCUCAUUAGCAG